GCUGGUGAAGCUUUUAACAAUGUUACGUCAGUACCAUUUCGUGCUCCUGUCCCUGGCGUGCUUCGCGGCUAAUUGCUGCAGUUCCAGCUCGGAGUACUUAAUCAUUCGCCAUGGCCGGUCGCGGGUGCGUCACUCGAGCGAGAAGGACCACAUCCGGUGGGGCUUGCAAGUGUUCGACAACUUUACGCUGCUAGACUAUGAUGCGGGCGGCAGUGGAUCCGGCAGCGGUUCGGGUAGUGGCAGCGAGGAAACACAGCCCGUACCGGUGAAAGAACCACCGCUGACGAACGGUGCUACCGGAAGCACGCUCACGAUACGAUUUGAUGAGUCGGAAGAGCUCGAGCGCAUGAUUGAGCUAAGCGAUUUCGAUAACUUGCGCUUCAGUGCUAGUGGCAGUGCCGUCCGUACCGGUGGACCGAUCGAGGCGGAACCGGGAUCACUAGCGACUGCCACUACCGGGCGGGAAAGGAAGCUUAUCAAGAAGGAAAUAAUGGAAAACAUUCGCCGCACGGUCGACAAGGGGCUCGAGUACCUGAAAUCGCACAACAACCUGGACGAAGUGAAAAUCGAACUCGUCCCAUUCCGUGGCGGUGCAGCAAAGCACACCAAGCCGGACGGUAGGAAACAGUCGCCCGGCACAACGAUUGACAGCCGUGUUAGCAAUCGCGCGGAAGAGCAAUCGUACUGGACGACGAGCAUCCCGACGUCCACCGUGUCCGGUCGCAACGGCGUCAAGUCGUUGCCAUGGGUAGAUGAAAUUGCUAAAAGUGUCCAGCGUACGUUGAGCGAAAGCGCUCAAGUGUCCGCAUCCAAUCAACGACUAAUCUCGUUAGACGCGAUUCCACGAACGGUAAACCCCCCGCUAACAGGCGUAACUACGCCACACGACCGGCCCAGACAGUCGCGGGUUGACGGUUCGGCAAGCGAGAUACAUGCGAACGGUUCACCGAACGGCUGGAACCCGGGGUCAAGGAUUGUGCCGAACGGAGAGGAUUAUCCUAAUGACAUGCCGGCGGCCGUUGACAUGGGUAACCACGGUCGAGAGGCGUUAGAGCACGGGGAGGUACGUACGCUGGACGAAGACGAGGAAGAGCCUGACACGAACGAACAUCCGCCCAGCAUCGAUGCGCCACAGGACGAUGAUCCGCUGCUACAGGAUGCCGAAAUGGAGGACGCGAUCGACGAGGAGGAGGAGGCAACGGCGGCAUUCGAGCUGGACGGAUCGGACGUGGACAUUAACAAUGUUUUCCACAUGGAGGAGAGUGAUCUGAGCGAGCUGGACGAAACGAGCCGCAACAAUCGGCGCAACCUGAUGAAGGGCCGGGACGUGGUGACACAGUUUCUGCAGAUCGUCGAGAGCCAGCAUCUGCUCGGGGCGAACUGUACUGCCGGGACGGCGCUCAAUCUCGGCGAGGGCGUCGUCGACCGGUACGCGCAGGACCGGUUUCGCGUCGAGGCGGAAAUUGCCGUCAACCGGGCGAACAUGCUGACCAGAAUAUUCAAGUUCUCAUCCGCGGACGUACAAGCGUCCGAGCACCUGUUGCACGCGUCCGUCCUGUCGAUGGUCGAGUUUGACGAUGAUAUUUUUGCUGCCGGAAACUGUUUCGACUGGAACCAGCAUCCGGCCAAGCGCGGUCUGUUCUGCCCGUUCGCGUACCGUCUUCCGCUGCCCGAUCAGGGCGCCUCGCUCGUAAAGGAUUUGGCACUCGAGUAUCAUUACUUGGGCAACACGUCGGAGUGGUUCUUUCUGGCAAGGAAAAACGCCGAGAAGGUCAUCGCGCGCAACGAGCAGUAUAUUAAAUCUUUUCACGUCUACACCAACAACACCGAGCGACAGGCGGACGAAAUACUAUCGGUAAAGUACGAGGAUGGCCGCUGGUCGAAACCGUACUACGAUUGCGGAGGUGGCAAUAUCUGGAUGCUGACGUACACGGUACCCUUCUUUGGGUACGAAAAUGGGACGUACUUUUUCAAAGGCACAUCUGGCAUCGAUAUCGAUUUAAGGCGCGUCGACAUUGAUCAGUGUCCGCAGAAGAACUCCCCAUCUGGGGCACCCCAGCCACUGAACAUUUUCGCCGGCACGGACAAAUGCAAACAGCGGACGACGGAGUGCACGCCGAUUCCCGGGCUCGGGUUUCGUCGCGGUUCCUAUCGGUGCAUCUGCCGGAAGGGAUACUAUUUUCCCGACACGACGAUCGAGCAGAAGUACUUCAACGGCAGCACGUUGGAGGAAGAGUACGAAAAACUAAUGCUGAACGAGUACAGCACCUACAGCAUCGCGAACUCGUACGAGUGUUUACCGUGCGCCGAAGGGUGUGACUUCUGCGAGGAUGCAUCGCCGUGCGUGGCCGCACUGAACUGGCCGAUGCGUACGUCCAUCCUGGUGCUGGCCUGUGCCGUCAUCGGGUUGCUACCACCGGCGGCUGUGUUUACCUUCAAGUAUCAGCAAGUAAAGGUUGUGCGGGCGGCAAGUCCAGCGCUGCUACGUGUAAUUGCAUUGGGUGCAUUUUGCAUUUAUUGUACGUCGGUUGUGAUGUAUCCGCCACCAUCGCUCUACUCCUGCACCGCCCGCAUUUGGUUGCGGGAAAUUGGCUUUUCCCUAACUUACGGAGCAUUGAUGCUGAAAACCUGGCGAAUAUCGGUAAUUUUUCGCGUCCGUUCGGCGAAAGCGGUCAAAAUUACCGAUGCGUACCUGCUGAAACGGUUGGGCGUGCUGUGCGGUUUCGUUGGGAUUGCGCUCCUGGUCCGGACGUUGGUUGCGCCGCCGGUAGUGAUCGUUGGCCGAACUGCGGACAACUUGAAGGCGUUCCUGUGCAAAACGGACUGGUGGGAUCAUACCUUCACGUCGAUGGAGGUUCUGUUUUUGGCCUGGGGCGUACGGCUCUGCAUCAUGGUGCGGAAGGCACCGUCCGAGUUCAACGAAAGCCGCUUCAUAUCGAUGGCGAUCUACAACGAAUUUCUACUGACCUGCUUCCUGAAUGUGUCAAUGUUGUUCCUGCAGUCGCCGGCUAAUCCCGAUUUAUUGUACAUCAUAUUUUUCUGUCACACGCAGCUCACGGUCACGCUACUGUUGGCUUUGAUUUUUGGCAGCAAGGUGUACCUAGUGUUCCGGGGCGGUGGCAAACAUCAGGACGAUCCGACCGGGCUCGGUAUCAAACCAUCCGGUGCCAAAUUUAUUAGCCGCUCGCACGGACGAACAUUCGCAAACGCUAGCAGCGUCACGACGUCUACCGCUCAGCUUGGAGCGAACAUGGCCAAUGAAGGCCGUCUUACGGAAACGGAAGCACUGGAAGAGCUCAAACUUCUCUACACCCAACUUCAACGACUGUACGAACGGAUCCCCCAACGUGGUGCCGCAAUCCUGACCGUCGCAAGUCUGAUGGAAGCUUGCCGUACCACCUCGCUUCGUCCGCCGCCUGCCAUCGGUGCACCGAGCCCACUGAAAGCCAUCCAGAGCGCCGGUAUGACGGGUGCAUCCGAUGGCUUAUCGAUGGCAUCGGGUGCGACGGGUGUUUCGGCCGCUACUCCAACUGCUAUCGUACGGUUGGACAAGAGCACCAACACCAACACGACGGCAACGAUCCCGAACGGGUCGGUGACGACUGCAUCCGGAAAUGGAUCGAUCGGUCCAAUGCCUCCGCAGACACGCAUCACCAUCACGGACGAGGUGGAGAGCGCACAAGAAGUGCAACGAGAACGCCACAAACAGGAGGCUCGCUCAAUCGACGGCAGUGUCUUCCGGCUGGACCACCAGCAGCUGCAGUGCAUGUGCAGUGGUACGGGUGACGAGGAACUGUACGCCGGUCGGGAUGGGUUGUCACGUUCGAUGGAGUUGGAGGGGGUCGGGGGACGGAAUAAUAAUUGCUGCUGCAGUUGCAGCUGCUGCUCCACCACCCGAACCGCCAACAAUCGACAGCGGCAGCAGCAACAGCAACAUCGGCGUAAUGAUAGUGUGAUAAAUAAUUCCACCAGUGCCGUGCAGCUGACUAGUGCAGGCGGUGCGGUUAAUUGUAAUUGUAAGAUAAGUGGAGUGAACGACAAAUCCGGUCCCGGUUCCGUGAGUACUGUUACCGGUCGCCGGAAACCGGACGCGGACGGUGUGGUGAUGGGUGGUGCGGUCCCAUUGCAUAAAGCCAAACAACACACCUCCGAGCUGGUGCUGAACUGUCAGUUUGUUGUCGGUGGCAGUGAGGGUGGUACGGGUGGUGGUGGGAGUGGUGAGUUGGGGUAUGAUGAACCAAACACCGCCAACAGUGCGCUCGGGGAACACCGGAAGCAGCAACAGAACUCACAGCAUCGUCAUCUCCCAUCGCAUCCUCAACAGCAUCAUCAUCAGCGUGCCUCUAGCACCAGCGAGUGUGGUGAGUUCAGCACAAAAGCUUUCGAAUCUUGUGAUAAUCUGCUACAUCAGCACCACCACUACCAGCAACAGCAUCAUCCACAACACCAACAGGCCGCACAGCAACCGUAUCAGCAGCGACACAAGCAAACGUUCAGUGCCGGUGAUAGUGUAGAUAAUCAGGCCACACAAACGGUGCCGCCCGUGGAACGAUCGUCGGUCGGUAGUGGGGUGGCCGGUACCCUAGCCCAGCUAACACCCGCCACCGACGAGGCCACGAUCCGGUCGGUGAAUUUAGAAAAGUUUAACAAAUUGUACGCCAACAACAGCAGUAGGAUAGAUAGCUUGAAAGAGCACUUUCUCAUGCGGAACGCACUCACGACCGCGCUGCAGAAUCUCGAAAUUGAAAAUCGGUCACGAAGUGCGGUGAAUCAUGGGCGCAUCCGACCAACGACGCGGCAGGCCGACAGUGACGACGAGUGUGCCGAAAGCGCGGCCGGCACCACGGAACCACGCGAUGCACUCACGGUAAACCGUGGCAGGGUGACGGAACCCACGGUGGUCAGUAGUCCGGGAGUGGAUGAAGCAAUCAAUAGUAAAUGCAAUAGUAGCAGUAGCAGUAGUAACAGUAGCUGUAACAGUAGUAGAAGCAGUGUUAGUAAUAAGCGUGUCAACAACAAGAACAGCAGCAACAGAAGCAGUCGAAACAGUAACAGUACGAACAAUAGUGCCAACACGCCGGAAACGUCCGGUGCCGGUGAGGGUGCCGGCGGAGAGGCCGGUAGCGGAGCGAGCGGGAGUGCCGAGGUGGGUAGCUCUAGUGGUGGGGGAGGAAGUGGAAAGAAGAAGAAAUCGCCCGAUAAGCGUCUCGUUAUCGAUUUGAAUGAUCGUUCCAAGUACACCGAAGAGGUGUCGGUAUGAGUUUGCUAGAAAU